AUGGUUCAACUUAAGAGUUUCGCAGUUAUUGCUACCACCCUCCUUGGCUGUUGUCUAACAGCACCUACAACUCCUUCUGGGGUCGACAGCACAAUCCCUGGCAGCUACAUCAUUACCCUCAAGUCUGAGAUCAAGGCCCCUGCAGUUGAGGCUCAUAUGAAAUGGGUUGACGGUGUUCACAAGCGAAGUCUCGACAAGCGUGAUGGCGACAAUGGCGUUGAGAAGACAUUUGAGACUGAGGCUGGUUUCCACGGGUACUCUGGUACAUUCGACGAGGAGACAGUGAAGCAGAUUAAGAAGAGUCCCGAGGUCGUCCGUAUUGAGCCUGACCGUAGAGUCAAGUUAACAUGGGGCGCUUCCAAGCGUCAAGAACAACCCGUGGAACCAGCACCACCAGCAGAAACGACAAGUCAAGAAGGCGAGGACACUGAAGAUGAGGAUGAGGAUGAUCAGCUUGAGAAGAGAAGCGAAAUCAACCAAAAAUCAAGCACAUGGGGUCUCGGAACCAUCUCACACCGCAACAAGGGCUUCCAGAACUAUAUCUACCACAAGCAAAGCGGAUCUGACUCAUUUGCCUAUCUUGUUGAUAGCGGUGUCCGUACCACACACAAGGAGUUCCAAGGCCGGGCCAAGAAUGGCUGGACAGCCUUCCGAAAAGAUUAUGUUGACCGAUUGGGCCAUGGUACUCAUGUUGCUGGGACCAUCGCUGGAAAGACCUUCGGAGUCGCUAAGAAGGCUAAGAUCAUUUCUGUUAAGGUCUUUCAAGGCGACUCUGCCGAUCUCUCCGUCAUUCUCAACGGUAUUGAGUGGGCCGUCAACGAUAUCAUCAAGAAGAAGAGACAAGAGUUCUCCGUGAUCAACCUCUCUCUUGGUAUCGAUGGUGUAUCUGGGGCGCUCAACGACAUCAUCAAGAAUGCCGCCAAGUCCGGAGUCAUCUUUGUGGUCGCCGCCGGAAACCAAGGAACAAAUGCCAAUACUAAAUCUCCAGCUUCAGCCCCUCAGGCCAUUACUGUUGGAGCCAUUGACAAGAACUGGAGAAUCCCCAGCUGGUCCAACUAUGGCAGCUCUGUAGAUAUGAUGGCACCGGGUGUCGAUGUCGUUUCUGCCUCGUAUCUCAGCGAUAACGGCACCUAUAUUGAGAGCGGUACCUCAAUGGCCACUCCUCACGUUUCUGGUCUUGUACUGUACGCGCAGUCCGUGUACGGAAUUACGGGGGUUGACACCACAACCAAAUACAUCAAGAAGUACGCUACCAACAAUAAGGUCGUGGGUAGCCGCCGAGGCUCACCAAACCUGAUCGCCAACAACAACAACCUUGCUCAAAGCAAAUGA